CGGAGAUUUAAGCAUCCUGGUAAAGUUUCAGUUUCACUAACGGGGGAACUGACGAUAGUUUGCUAAUCGUUUGCAUCUUCGAGACAUGUCUGCCACAAACGCAAAACCCAUCGGGACAGCAGUGGUCGGCACUGGAAUGAGUGCCACCGUUUUCCAUAUUCCCUUCAUCCGAUCGUUACCCGAGCAUUUUCACCUCAUCGCGAUCGUUGAACGUAAAGCCACACCUGAAUCCUCUAUCGCUCGCGAUCGAUAUGGAUCACAAUUUCCAAAUCUGAAAGUGGCGAAUACGCUUGAAGAGGUGUUGACUGAUGAGGAGGUUGAACUCGUCGUGAUAUCUACCCCAAAUGCUACACAUCAUCCUUAUGCAAAGGCUGCACUUCGUGCAGGGAAACAUGUCAUCAUUGAAAAGCCUCUAGUCAACGAAAGCUUUCAGGCGACGGAACUCAUUCAACUGGCUAAAUCCAAAUCACUCGUUAUCGCAACGUACCAAAAUCGCCGAUGGGACUCGGAUUUCUUGACGCUCAGGCGUCUGCUCGAGUCGGAGAGAGUAUUCGGAGAAGUUUCUGAAUUUGAGACGAAGUUUGAUAGAUGGAAGCCGGUUUUGAAGGGGAACGAUACUUGGAGGGAGAAAGCUGAAUGGGGAAACAGCAUCCUUUUCGAUCUUGGAUCUCAUUUGAUUGACCAAGUAAUUACACUCUUCGGAACUCCGAGCUCUAUCUCAGGCCACGUAUGGAAUUCCCGAGGGCUUAAAGAAGGACUAGAUGAUGCUUUCAUCGCCCAUUUUAUUUAUCCGCCUUCCUCCUCUAAAGCGUCUUCCUCACACUUCACAAAUCCUAACAUCCCUCUCCACGUCACCGUCAAGGCUGCUCCUCUUUCCCUUUUGAAGAAGCAAUUACGGUUCUCCGUCAAGGGGACGAAAGCAUCAUGGACAAAAUACGGAGUUGACCCCCAAGAAGACCAGCUCAAGUCGAACACCUCAAUAACUCCCGACGCCAAGGGGUUCGGCGUCGAAGAUGCGGAAUUCGAAGGGACGCUAGUCGUCGAAGAAGAUGGGAAGAUAGUUGAGAAGUCAACUCCCACAGACAGAGGGCACUACUUGUCAUGGUUCAAGAAUGUCGGAGAGGCGAUUCAGGCUAAAGAUCCGAGCCUGUUGAUCGUAAAGCCGGAGCAAGCACAGGAAGUAAUCAGAUUGAUUGAGCUUAUCUAUCAAAGCCACGAGGAGGGUAGAGUCAUCCAGGUAUAAAGGAUGCUCGCGGAUGAUUAAAGAGAGGGAACUUUCGAA